UACAGACUUUUGGCCCUGUUUUGGCCUGGUGGGCGUGGCUACACAGAGAGGGGCGGGGAAUCAUGAGUGACAGCAGACCGCUGCAGGCUCAAGAUGGUCCAUUUUUCAUGUUGCCUUCAGGAAACCUGGGAAUGAACAUAAUUUAUCAAACACCUCCUGCACUGUAUUAUUUGAUAAUGUUUAGAAAACAUGUCAUGCAUAACUGCUAAAACUCAGUUACUAAAGCUCUUUCAAGCAGUAAUGUGUACAAAUUACGCCGUAACUGAUCAAUUAUGAGACGUUUUCCCAGCCACUACGUGAGAAGUGGUCAUUUCCCAUGCUCUCAAAGUAGCGCGCAUUGUAUCGGAUGGGGGCUGCUGUUAACUUGUCCCUCAGUGAACGAUGGCGUCGUCUUCCAACAACACUGCUGGCGCGAACAAUCAGGAGCAGCUAAAAAGAGAGAUGCUUCAGCGACUACUGCAUAAAGUUUCCCAGGUCAUGCACAGACAACCCCUCGAUGUGGACUAUUUGCAGUUUGUUAUCGACCAUGAGAUGGUCCUUCUAAGAUCUUUGUCCGAUCAGGUUGAGAUCCCUCAAAGUAUUAUAAAUGCUCUGAUAGAGCUGUCAACUGUGCUCAGUAUGGAGGACGUCAAUGAACAAACCCCUUCUCAGAUGUCAGUGUCAGAAGGAAAGCUGGGACGUCCAAAUUACAAUGUAUCGCCUGUACAGCUCCAGAUACUGACAGAAAUGUUCUUAUCAAUCACCCAAAUUGCAAAACUUCUUGGAAUAUUUGUGAGGACGGUGAAACGUCGUUUGCAUGAAUAUGGCAUUUCCAUAAAGCAGUGCUACAGUACAACAAGUGAUGAAGAGCUGGACAAUUUAGUAAGAUCUAUAAAGACAAGAACACCUCAUGUUGGAUACAGGAUGAUGAAAGGGAUGCUUCAAGCCAUGGGCCACCAUGUACAGUGGAAGAGAGUGUACUCGUCGAUGCACCGUGUGGACUCUACUGGUAUUUUCUCAAGAAUGACAAGGCUGGGAUUUGUGGUCCGAAGGACAUAUUCAGUGCAAGGUCCUCUUUACUUGAUGCAUAUAGACACAAACCAUAAACUAAUAAGAUUUGGCCUGGUGAUAUUCGGAGGGAUAGAUGGGUACUCAAGAAAGAUCAUGUACCUGGGUGCUGCUGCCAACAACAGAGCAUCAACUGCACUUGCUUUCUUCUUGGAGGCUGUACAAAAGUAUGGCUUUCCAUUGAGGUAAAAUCUACACAAAAUUAAUUUUCACAAUGAUUGUGCAAAUGUGUAAAUAUGAUUCCCCCCCUUGAUUAGCAGUGUAAUUAUUUUGACAUGCAAUAUGUAAACUGUAGCCUAUAUGAUCAGUUGUUUAUACAUCCCCAUACAGUUGUUUAAAUGGUUCAAACAUUUAGAAUUCUUGAAAGGUGUGCUUAUACAGAGCUGCACACUGUUGAAUGACCAAAACAAUAAACUUCUAAUAACCAGUCUAAAGUAAAAUUAUAUUACAAACACAAAG